AUGCCAAUCAAGGAAAGUAGAUAUUCGCCACCACUCAUGUUACGCAAUACAUCCAGUUCUUUCCAGCGCACAAUCUACCACGAGAAAAACACUGCUCAUCACAUUAUUGCUUCAUCAUCACCGGGAAGAGUAUCCCCGCUCUUGAAAUCCUUGUUAGAGAAGAACCCAAAAUAUACAAUCUGA